AUGGCGGAACCUGCUGUGCACCAGCCACGCUACAGUGGCAGCCCGAAGUCUUUCCGAGCACCUUCUCAGUCAGAGCACCGCCUGUGGAAGGUGGGCGAGUAUGCCGUUGGAGUCAGGCUGUACUUCGACUUGCUCCUUCUGUUGGUCAUCGCCUUCGGUGCGCUGACAGCCACGACUUUGCCAUUCUUGCUGAUGUGCGCAUCCAGCUCCGGUGGAGGUCCCGUGUUGAAGCAGACUGACGACGUGUUGAGCACAUUGGCGAAGUACUCUGUGGGAAACCUCGUGAGGUCGCCGGCAGCGGAUGCCACGGUGCACAUAAUGAACGAGUUCUUCGGCUCCAUGGCGCAGGGCACCUGGCUGCUGGGCGUGCUGCUGCUGUACCGCUUCGUGCCGGUCAUCAUCCACCGGGCAACCUACACAACCAACAAUCGCAACCUGGCCAACCUGGCGAUUCAGGUCCGCGGUCUUCCCACCGAUUUGGGCUACCAUCACUUGGGCUACGAAGAGUUGCUUCGUGCCGCGGAGCACUUUCAGACGGUCGCCUACGAACAACCUCUGCGUGUGGAGUCUGCCUGUGUCGACUGCGAUGAUGUGUCCAGUGCAGAUGCAGAGAGUGAAAGCCGGCGCCAGUCGACGAAGGGCCGGCAGACCAUGAAAGUCAUGGCAGACAGUCUGUCGACAGACAAGACUGCAGUUGACACCAAGGGUGGCAAGCGAUUGGCCAAGCGGCAGACCUACUUGCUCUCAAUGAAUGAUCUGAUAGAGGAGCAGAUCCUUGAGAUUGAGACGGAGAGGGCGCUGCACUCUGACUUGAAGCCGGAAGAGCGCGAGGUCAUGGGUGCCUUCGUGGUGUUUUGGUGCCAGCGGACUCGAGAUGCUGUUCUGGGCCAGUACGGCUGGUCACGAGGAAGUAGCGAUGCUCCCGGAGUGAAGGACGUCACCGUUUACAACAAGAAACGCUUUCAGGGAGACUAUUCGAGGAUCAAGGGCAGAAGUGCCUUUAGGCCGACAGAUCCUGCUCUGAGAGAGCUUCUGGGCCGCCUCAACCUGCCAAAGCUUCGUUCCCGGUCCCAGGCUUUUCCUCUGAUCGUCGAGGCCACACAGGACCCCAGCCUGCAGCUGUGGCAGAACAUGGAUGUGAAGCCGUUGAUGCGGCUGGCCAUGGGCUGUGUGAUGAGCAUCUGCCGCUUCUUGGUCUUCAAUCUCAUCUUCAUCGUUUCCUGCGUUACCAUGUCUACGCACGUCUACUACCCCUUGUUUCUGCCAAUCGAUGCGAAGGUUUGGCUGAUUACGAACGUCUCGGAGCCCGUCGUCAGCUCCAGCGAUGAU